CGUGUCAUAGUACGAAGUGAGCAUUUCUAGGGCGCCCUGGCGUCGAUCUCACCACCUGGACCACGCGGGUCCAACUGACAUGCAGCAUUAAGCGAGAAAAAAGUCGGUGUCACGGUAAAGUAGGCGCUGGCUGACUUCGCCAUAGGUAUGGCCCAGGGCGAAGCUCAGAUUUCCGCCACCAUUUGAUGACUUACACUUUGGGGGCGUCUUUCGGAUGUGUCUCAUAUAAAUGGCACCUGUGUUCUGGUCAGCCCCAGCCCUACAUUGAUUAACUUCAGGAACCAUUCCACAUUCAUUGGCCUGGUCAGCAUCUCUUCAUAUAUACCGACCCGGUACCAUUCUCUCUUCGCAUUGAUAUAUUGCAUUCACACCACCAUGUUGCUUCCUUCAUUAGCCGCAUGGCUUUCUUUUGGAUCAGUUGCACUCGCUGGUCCACUACGCGCCGAACCGUUGUCCGAUGACUUCCCAUCGUUUGAGCAGAUUGUCAAGAGGCAAGAUGGUGCUUGCACCAACACAGCACGAACACGGAGCUGCUGGAGCAAUGGCUACAGCAUUGCCACUGACUUCGAUGCCAAGUCUCCCCCGGACGGCACUGUCGUGACUUACAACUUCGAGAUCUCCAAUGUUACCAGGGCCAACCCCGAUGGAAGUGGUACUUCCAAGGAGAUGAUGCUCAUCAACGGCCAAUAUCCUGGACCACUCGUGCGAGCAAAGUGGGGUGACACAGUCAUCAUCAACGUCAAGAACAGCCUCGCUCACAACGGAACCGGUAUCCACUGGCACGGUAUUAGACAGCUGAACUCCUGCCAGGACGACGGCGUCCCAGGAAUCACCGAAUGCCCGAUCGCUCCUGGAAGAACCCGCCAGUACAAGUUUAGGGCCACUCAGUUCGGCACAACAUGGUACCACUCUCACUUCUCAGCCCAAUAUGGUGAUGGUGUUGUCGGUACCAUGAUCAUCGAUGGGCCAGCUACUGCCAACUAUGACGUCGACCUCGGUACUCUCCCCAUCACUGACUGGUACUAUGUACCCGCUUUUACAUUGAACGAAGUCGCCCAGCACUCUCAGCGUGGACCCCCCUCGCCCGACAACAUUCUCGUCAACGGCACCCACAUCAACGCCGCAAACGACAACGGGCAGUACGCCAGGAUCAACGUAGUAAAAGGAAAGAAGUACCGCAUCCGCCUCAUCAACACCGCGGUAGACAGCACCUUCAGCGUCUCCAUGGACGGCCACCCUUUCACAGUCCUCACCUCCGACUUCGUGCCCAUCAAGUCCUACGUCACCGACCAAUUGACCCUGCAGAUCGGUCAACGGUACGACGUAGUCAUCACCGCCAACCAAACCGUAGACAACUACUGGUUCCGCGUCGUGACCGGCAGCUGUGGCAGCAACAAGAUCGCCUCAGCCGGCAAACCCGUCGGCGCCAUCCUGCACUACGACGGCGCAUCCAGCACCGCAAACCCCACCUUCAAGUCCUCCGUCACAAUGCGCACAGGCUGCGACGACGAGUCCUCCACGAACCUCAUCCCCUUCGUCCCCAACACUGUCCCUACAUCCGUAAUGGGCGAAGUGCAAAACCACAAAAUGAGCGUAGACUCCUUUGCCGACCCUGCGAAGAACAACCUUUUCCGGUGGUUAAUCGACGGCACACCGCACAUUGUCGACUGGAACAAUCCUUCGCUUGAGACCGUACUAGGAGGCUCCCGCUCCAUCGGUCCAAAUGGAAAUGUGUACACCAUGGAUAAAGAAGGUUGGUACAUGUGGUACAUCCAAUCGACCUCCAAGAUCGCCCUUCCCCACCCUAUUCAUCUCCACGGCCACGACUACUACAUCGUCGGUCGCGGCGCAGGUACCUGGGAUGGAUCCACCAACGGUCUUAACUUCAACAAUCCUACUCGUCGUGACACUGCUUUGUUGCCCGCCGGCGGCUACAUGCUCAUUGCUUUCCCCGCUGAUAACCCCGGCAUGUGGAUUAUGCAUUGUCACAUUGCCUGGCAUGCUAGCCAGGGACUCAGCCUUCAGUUUAUGGAGCGCAUGAGUGAGAUCCAGGGCACGUUGGGCGAUACGAGUGUGCUGAAGCAGGGGUGUGAUGAGUGGGAUUCUUAUUGGGCGGAGGGGAGCGCGCCGGAUGAGGAUAGGCCGUAUAACCAGACUGAUUCUGGUAUUUAAAUGGGUUUUCUUUGGGGUUAUGGGGUAAUGUCUUGUUGCAUGGCGUUUUCUGGUUGGGCUAGAGGGCUUCAUAAGAGACUGGCUCCGCAUC